AUGGAAAUCAAGUACAACAAAGAAAUAUGAUAUGUGAUAUCUGUUCUUGUCUUAAUAGCAGGUGUCAGUUCUACAAUGGUUAGUUUAUCUCCCAAAUUAUCAAAUAAAUAUGAAUCGCCUAUGAUCAUUAUCACAUUGACACUCUCAAUUAUCAACAUGCUAAUGAUAAUAAGAAUCGCUGUUAUAAAUCCCGGCACUCUAAUAAAAAUGACAAAUCCACCAGAAGAGCCUGUCCGGAUUAUAGAAGUUUUCGGAAACACUAUUUUACUGAAAACUUGUUCCACUUGUAAUAUUAUAAAACCGCCUAGAGCUCAUCACUGUAAGAUAUGUAAUGUCUGUAUUGAUCGUAGAGACCAUCACUGCCAUUGGGUUGCAAAUUGCAUUGGGCGUAACAACCAUAGGAUGUUUAUUUUUUUAUUAUUUUUUCUUGUUGUCCAGUGUGUAUUUACUAUUGGAAAUUCUAUAUAUAUGAUAGCAUGGAUUGUAACUGAUACAGGAUUAUAUAUUAUUGAAUCUGUUUUAAUUGCUAUUGGAGUUUUAUGUCUCUGGCAUAUAGGGGGAUUAUUAAUAUACCACACAUUUUUAAUUUUCACAAAUCAGACAACUUAUGAGCACAAAAAAACAGUUUUUCCAUCAGGAAAUCCAUUUUAUAAAAGCUUUUUUAAAAACUGUACACUCUUUUGGAAAAUGGUUCCUGAAGAAAAUAUAAAAGAACAAAAACCAGAAUCCCCUGCAGGCGAAACACAAACAAAUAAUAUUCCUUACUCCCCCCCCCCCCCUCCGUGAGCGAACAAAAAAAUUUUGUUCGCUCACGGAGGGGGGUUAAUUUUUUUUUUUUAAAAAAAAUUUAUAUAUAAAUUUUAUAAAAAAUAUUUUUUUUCGAAAUUUAAAAAAAUCCUAAUUUGCAAAAAUUGGGAAGCAAAUAUUAAUUUAAUUUGCAAAAUUUAUGUUUUAAAACGCAAUUUGUUUAAAAUUAAACAGAAUUAGCUCUAGAUUUCAUUAUACUAAUUAUCACUUAUAUAUCAAAAUUUUUUUCCAUUAAAUUUUUUCUAUUAAAAAAAUUUUUGUUCACUCACGGAGGGUGGGUUUUUGGUCAAAAAAUGGCGAUUUUUCUAAUGGUUUUGUUCGCUCACGGAGGGGGGGGGAGUUAG